UUUAUUUAUUAUAUUUUACAUUUUGUAGAAAAAUUGGCAUUGCAAAGCAACUAACGCACUCUUCGAUGUUUAAGAAAUAUGUCUAAUGAUAAUUUAUUACUGGAUCUUAUUUUAAUGUGGCAAGCAUAUGGAUCUAAGCGCCAAAGUAUAAAUUGAUUUCAUAAAAAUCAUCAAUAAAAUAUGAGGAAAUUCAAAAUCUGAUAUAUAGAAUAUAUAAUGAGAAAUGGAUUUGAGUAACAUUGAAAAUUGGGAUACUUUCCUUCUGCGUUAUCCAGGUAUAAUACUUUCAGGCAGCCGCGCUAGAGGAACAGUAAAAAUCAAAAAUAAAUGGUAUCGCUUAAGACUUAAUUGUCCAUAUUUUCCGCACCUUAAAGACUUUUCUCUGGAGAUACAGCAGCCACAAAAAAAUACCUUAGCAAAAAUAUCAAAUAACGAUCUUCAAACUCAUUGGACGGUGUAUGAUGUUAUGGAGAACCUGCCUAUACUAUAUAAUGAUUGUGGUUUUGCCUUUUCCUCUAAAGAAGAGAAACCAGUAACAACAAAUAUCUACCAAGCAAUUGCUGAUCUUUAUGCGCCUGAAAGGUAUCUAUUAGAGUUAGAUGAUCUCUGCACUCGCCUUCGCUUUUCCAAGUUUGAAGAAAAUGAACAACAUUAUUUGCAAAUUGAAUUGCCAUCACUGAAAAUAAGUGACCAUAGUUUACCAAGCUGUUUUGCUUGGGAAGAGCAGCUACAAAAAUACGACAAUAUCUCGGCAAUAGUACAACAAUUUCAGAAGUAUAUUCAGGAUUUACAACCAUUUUACGAAAACUUCGCGGACAUUGAUGAGCUUUGCUAUGUUGUCCAGCCCAGACCACCGGUUUCUACCAAAUGCAAUUGGCGUAUAUUUGUGUUACGAGAACGUGUCUACCUCAAACUUGUCAUAGCGGAUCCAUUUGCGUCAAUGGCAUCUAUGUCGAUACAGAUCAUUGGACCGACACAAGCUGUUGAGGAGUUGAGGCGCACUCUAAGCGAAGGUUUAAGUACUUGGGAUGCUGAACUAGAUAUACAUAAAAACUUAUUACGUAUAUUUAACCUAUGUUACUUUCCUAUGCCGCCUGGUAGCGGUUGGUUAGGUGGAGAGGCCGAUAAUGCGUCAACGGAGCCACAAUUUUGUAAUAUAUGCUAUUCUUAUCAAUUAGAUGAAGGUCAAAUACCUAUUGUGUCUUGUGACAAUAUAAAAUGCACUAUGAUAUACCACGCUGCCUGUUUAAAGGAAUGGUUUAACACGUUGUCUGAUGGGAAAGACUUUUUAAGCGUCUCGUUUGGAGCAUGUCCGUUUUGCAAAACCGUAAGUUUUAAACGAAAUUUGAUAUAUUUAUUUGUUAAAUACCCGGACGCACGAUUUUUAAAAAUUAUAAUAAAUAUUUAAUUUUUAUAAGCUUGUUUUUCUUUAAUUAAAUUAACAGUGAUGUUUAGUAUUGAAAUUCUCUUUGCAAAGAAGGAGAGUAUUUCGACAUAUGAAAAACUUACCAUUUUC